UUGGGGGCCGCCCCCGCACCCGGCUCGCCGGCGCCUGGCUCUCAUGAUGAUGAAGAAAAAGAAGUUUAAGUUUAAGGUGGACUUCGAGCUCGAGGAGCUCUCCUCGGUGCCCUUCGUCAACGGGGUCCUCUUCUGCAAGAUGCGGCUGCUGGACGGCGGCAGCUUCACCGCCGAGUCUCCCAGGGAAGUGGUGCAAGCAAAUUGUGUUCACUGGAAAAAGAAGUUCUCGUUUAUGUGCAAAAUGAGCGCCAGUGCCGCCACAGGCAUCCUAGAUCCUUGUGUCUGCAGAGUAUCUGUGCGGAAGGAAUUAAAAGGUGGAAAAGCUUAUGCCAAGUUGGGCUUUGCAGAUCUAAACCUGGCAGAGUUUGCUGGAUCAAGAAAUACCACUCGUCGCUGUUUACUGGAAGGCUAUGAUACCAAAAAUACAAGACAGGAUAAUUCCAUUCUUAAAGUUCUGAUCAGCAUGCAACUGAUGUCUGGUGACCCGUGUUUUAAAACACCUCCUUCUACAUCAAUGUCUAUACCAAUUGCUGGUGAGUCUGAAUUUCUGGAAGAAGACAGAAAAGGUGGAGAGACUCUCAAAAUCCAUCUUGGAAUAGCAGAUCUUUCAGCAAAGAGUGCCUCUGUUCCAGAUGAACUUGGUGCCUGUGGACAUUCUAGAACACCAAGCUAUGCAAGCCAGCAGUCAAAAGUGUCAGGUUACAGCACGUGCCACUCUCGGUCAUCCAGUUUCUCUGAGUUCUGCCACAGGAGAAAUACUUCAGUGGGAAGUACAUCAACAGGGGUGGAAAGUAUACUAGAGCCAUGUGAUGAAACUGAGCAAAAAGUAGCUGAACCACAUCUCGAUACAGAUGAUAAAGAAGAUACAGCUCUGGAAACACUCAGCCGCUGUCCAGUGAAACAAGAUUCUGUAGAAUCUCAGCUCAAACGAGUUGAUGACACAAGAGUGGAUGCAGAUGACAUUGUGGAGAAAAUAUUACAAAGUCAAGACUUCAGCCUCGAUUCCAGUGCAGAAGAAGAAGGACUGAGAUUAUUUGUGGGUCCCGGCGGAAGUACAACCUUUGGCAGUCAUCAUCUUCCGAACAGGGUGGGGCCUGGAGCUUAUGAACAAGUCGUGAUCAAACGCUAGACGUCCAUCCGGUGAACCGAGGCUUCCCUGUGUGCUUCAGCUGUGGGCAGUUGAGCUAUCAAGCCACCUUAUUCAGGCACUUAGGAAGUUUGUUCAUCUAUGGAGAAAGGCAGAGCCAAGUCUUCUCUGCAGCCUACGACUGUCCUUUCCCACACACCUUGGCAGUCUCGAGGGGUGUGGCGUGUGUGCUCAGCCACACACAGCUCCCGGCUCACUGCACAAUGGAUGGAAAGCCUGUUUUCCUUCAGAACGCCCAGAUGAGGAGAGCAGCGCUGUACAUCUGGGUAUAGUUUCAGUAUUGAAAUGUAAAACCUGUGGUAGACAUGCUCUACACACUUGGGCUGCAGUUAUUUCAUGUUCAAGAGACAGUAAGUGAAUAUCAUUAAAACCCUAUAAAGCCUGUGAAGAUAGUCAUUACUUCUAUUAAGAAAAUCUUCCAUAUUAUACUACCUGCAGUAUUGUACUAAGUUUAUUAACCUUUUGAUGCAAUAAUUGAUAUAAGUGUGGUUGUUCAUGCUUCGGAAAAUGUUAUACUACAAUUUAAACGUGUUAAAUGCUUGAUAAUUCCAAAUAUAUCGUAAGUUGAAUAAGUCCUAAAUUGAAUAGCAAGUAUGUUUAAGUCUGAGCUUUGUGGAUGGAUAUAAUGUUGUUAUUACGCGGUAGCAUUGUUCCAUGUGGUUAAUACUAGGUGAACUGCAGCACUCCCACGGCACUAUAUAGGAGAUGCAGCUAAGUUUACUAUUCAGUACGUUAGGCUGCCAUAAGGCACCUAACAAAAGAGCUGUUUAAACUGGAUAAUACCUACUGGUUUCAGGAGUCGAUAUUUAGAAUCACAGGAGGAAAACUGAUGUGACCAGAAACAAAGCAACCUUUCCUCUGUCCAAGACCAGACUUACUGACACUGAAAAUUAUUCCAAGGAGGAGGUGGAUGAAAGACAGGACCGUUACUUGGCUGUUACUAACAUGGAUUCUGUGGUUUUGUUUUAGCCCCCGUGAUCAGAUACUGUGAUUUUGUUUUGUUGGUUUUUUUUCAUUAUAUAGAAUAUUUUAAGAGAAAAUAUAACAUAUAUAAAUAAGGAUAUCUGAUCUGGAUCCAGUUUAACAAUACAGCAGGUGAGUCUCAGCAUUUUUCUGCUCUCCCAUGACAGCUUCCAUGUGAAAAGUUCUGUUUCCUUGGAAUCACUCAGUUACUAAAGAAAAAUUGUAAAUUUUAUAAAAUAAGCCCCACCCUUUAUUUUCAAAUCCAUGUCCAGAAAGCAUAAUAUGUUAGAAGAGAAUUACUUUGGUCAAGGUUUUUUCAUGUUAAUUAGCAAAAUAAAGGAAGAAAUAUAUUAUUUUUAAGAAGGUAUUUUCAUAUUCAAAUUUGAAGAUUUAGGAAAUUUUGAAUACUUCAUUUUAGGUUUUUUUUUAAAUGCUUCAAGCAAGGAUGGGUAUUCCAAAUUAGGCCAAUGCUGCUUUUACAAAUAGAUUCUGAGACUUAAAGACAUGACAUCCCAUUUUAAAUAUUUUGAAUGUAGAGAGAUCGGAUUACCUGAGUCAUCAGUUACACUUUCUGAUGCUUUUAAGAUUUGUUUGGAGCAGAAAAAGAAUGACCUGAACAUUUUAGUCUAACCCAGGAAAAGUUAUCUUAAAUGGCAGAUUUGCUGUGAGUAAACAAGUGAACUUGUUUCUAAUAGAUAUGAAGAUAUUAUUCAGAGAUAUUUAUUAUGUCUUAAAAACAUAUUUUUCUAUUUUCAAGAUAUUAUUUCUAAACUCUCUUUUUUACUGGCUCUUCUGCAAAUCUGUGGUUCCUUCAAUGAUAAUAACUAGGUUGUGAGGACAUGUGAAAGGUGCUGUGUUCAGGGCGUGGUCCUGUCUUUGCUGGCAUCGCCCUAAAAUCUUCACGUGAGAUUGGCUCUGAGUACUUAAAAUGGUAUAGGGCUAUUUUUAAAAAACAAGAGGUGGAGAGAUUUUGAAAAGAAUAAAAAUUACACCUUUAUAAUUUUAGCAGCCACCACAACAACUUGAUUUGUGUAGAAG